AUGGCCUCUGGAUCCGUCCCCUCUGGCGCAUCAGCCGCGGUCCUCAAGCCGUCUGAACCGAUGCCGGAGUUCGCGGUCUCUGUAGAGGGCCCCAAUUUUGAGGAACAAAUGUCCCUGCAGAAGUUCAUCGCGAGCUACCAACGCAUCGGCUUCCAGGCAAACAGCCUUGGCAAGGCCAUUGACAUUGUCGAUAAGAUGCGCAAGUGGCGGCUGUCGGACGAGCCUAUCAAGGAAGACGAAGCGGACGAGUACCUCUCGCAUGAGGUGCGCGCGAACACCAAGUGCGAUGUGUUCCUGGGCUAUACCUCCAACCUCAUCUCCUCGGGUCUGCGUGAAGUCAUUCUCUACCUCGUCAAACACAAGCACGUCCGUGCUCUCGUGACAACCGCUGGAGGGAUUGAGGAAGACUUCAUCAAGUGUCUCGGCAAAACCUACCUUGCUGAUUUCAACAUAGAUGGCGCGGACCUUCGUCGACGUGGUAUGAACCGCAUCGGUAACCUGCUCGUGCCCAAUGACAACUACUGCAAAUUCGAGGACUGGCUCACUCCUAUACUUGAUGCCAUGCUUGAGGAGCAAAAGGCGUCCGGCCAGGUUUGGACGCCGAGCUCCUUCAUCCGUCGGCUUGGAAAAGAGAUUGACAACGAGGAAUCUGUAUAUUACUGGGCUUACAAAAACAAUAUCCCCGUCUUCUGUCCAGCCUUGACGGACGGCUCGCUCGGAGAUAUGAUCUACUUUCAUUCGUUCCGCAACCCGGGCCUGAUCGUCGACAUUGUACAAGAUAUCCGCAACCUGAACGAGCUCUCGCGACAAUCCAAGAAGGCUGGCAUGAUCAUCCUCGGCGGCGGCGUUUGCAAGCACCAGAUUGCAAACGCCAUGCUGAUUCGUAACGGCGCCGACUUCUCGGUGUAUAUUAACACCGGUCAAGAGUUCGAUGGUUCUGACUCUGGGGCUCGACCGGACGAGGCCGUGUCGUGGGGCAAGAUCCGUGCGGGUUCGGAGUCCGUUAAGGUGUUCGCCGAUGCCACGCUUGUCUUCCCGCUCCUUGUCGCGGCGACUUAUGCACAACCCGACGCAUAG